AUGGUCGACCGGUCUGAUCCUCCUGCUCAAUCUGUCGCUGCCAAUUCAACCUCAUGUUUCCAGUCGGACGAUCCUCGGAGUUUCCCGGAGACGAGUCGCCGCGAUUUCUACCAAGAGCCCCAACGAGAAGCACUGGAACUGCAUGAGAUUGAAACCCACGAAGACAGGACCUCGUCCGCUUCCAUUUCUUCCGGGGAGUAUCGAGUGAGCACGCAUCGGACGGGGUCUAGUGCCAGUCAGCGCACGGUGCAGAGUCGCGCGCCACGCAAGGGGUUCGCAGGGAGGAUUGAGCGAUUCUGGACCCGCAAUGUGGUCCUCACGGUGCCCCAGAAGAGCAACAGAGAUCAUUUUGCACUUGAGCGAACGUUCUUAGCGUAUAUCCGUACAUCUGUUAUCCUAGCGAUGCAGGGCGUCCUGGUUGCACAACUUUUCCGCCUGCAACAUCUCUUAUCACCAAAUACCAAUCUAGGAUACUACAAGGUGGGCGUUCCACUGUCGGUGGCAUGUCACUGCGUUGCGAUCGUUGUCGCUCUGAUGGGAGCACAUCGUUUCUGGAAGCAACAGAAUGCUAUCGCUCUGGGGACUGUAUACAGCGGUGGAUGGGAGUUGAAUUGUAUAGGGGUUUUGAUAGGACUGUACUAG